AUGGAGAGAGAAACAUGGAUGAGGACAGAUUUGUGUGUUAAUGAUGUCUUCGUUUACCUCUAUCUGGGGCGGUUUUGGCCACUUGCUUCAGAAAACAGUGUAGCAGCAACGACAACUGCCUUUGGGUGGCACAACCACCACCGCAGAGCACAAUACGAUGACAAAAACUACUGUCACGUUCAAGCAUCUAAUUUAGAAACUCUGAAUAAUUUGGUGGAAGAACUCACAUCGUAUUUCAAAUCUAAACAUGUUAUAAACCUAAAACCAAAACAUAGAAACGAAGGGCCAAAGAAUCUCAAUGUGUCGAAAGGUCGCCAGAAGCAAGAUGCAAGAAAGAACAAAUUUACAAAAGAUCACUACACAUUAAUUGUACAACCCAUAAAACAAGUCAACUAA